UGAAAUUCUAUUUUAGUGCUUCUAUCUAAUUGGAUUCCACAGAGAACAGUAGCCAUGUCUGCUCUUCUCUCCCCACUCUCCCUCACACCCAAACCCAUUUCCAUCUCCUUCAAAAUCCCAUCCCUAACCCUAACCAGACCCAGAAAAGCCACACUCAUCACAGCCAAAUCCAACGGCAAGGAUUCAGCAGAUGUAGGCGACAGACUCAUCUCCGCCGUCUGUUACUUCUACCCCUUCUUCGACGGCGUCCAAUACGGUAAAUACGUACUCACCCAAUUCUCACCAAUCCAAACCCUAAUCCAACCCCUAAUUCCCGCUAUUCGGGUUUUUAAGAGCUUCCCCUUUAACGGGUUUUUAGUCUUCUUAACUCUGUAUUUUGUUGUGGUUAGAAAUAAUAAUUUUAGUAGAUAUGUUAGGUUUAAUACGAUGCAAGCGAUUGUACUUGACGUGCUCUUGAUAUUUCCCGAUUUGUUGGAGAGGGGGUUUAAUCCGAGAGACGGGUUGGGUUUGGAUUUGCUGAUGAGUUUGGAUAGUACUGUGUUCUUGUUUUUGUUGGUUUGUUUGAUGUAUGGGUGUAGUUGUUGUCUGUUUGGUCAGAUUCCUAGGUUGCCCAUUGUUGCUGAUGCUGCUGAUAGGCAAGUUAUGUGAUUUUUUAGUUGAAAUUUCCCAAAUCUUUUUGGGGUUAUGUAAUGUAUUUGUAAUUUUUGUUUAUAUAAUCAUACUUAUUCUUCUUAUUA